AUGUUACCCACCCUAGGCACCAUGGCCUACGGCCUCUACAGCCUCCUCCUAACCUCCACCAUCCUCGUUGGUGCCGCCUCCAUAAACCUCACUCCCACCGAACGCUACCUUCAAGACUCGGCCCCCAAGUUGGCCGGUAUCAAAUACACCGUCCCCAAGGCCGUCCUCGGAUCGCAUCCCAACACCCGCAAGCUCGAAGUCGCCCAUUCCUUCCAAACCCUCCAAGGCGUCUCCCACUCCAUCGGCGGCUCCAGCAGCGGCACCACCCCCCGCGCCGUGAACCGCCGCUCCGCCGCCUCCAUCCUCGGCCAACACCAACGCCGUCUGCGCCAAAACUCCGUCCACACCCACGGUAGCCAUGGUGGCGGCGGUGGCGGCGGCGGUAGCGGCGGUAGCGGCGGCGACGACGAGGGAGAAGAAGGCUCCGCCUACGGCUACGAAAACGUCACAGUCACCACCGCCUACGGCACCCAAUACGCCGCCGAAGUACACUGGAACUCCGUCCCCCUCUUACUGCUUCUCGACACGGGCUCCUCCGACACGUGGGCCAUCACCCACAACUUUUCCUGUCUCGAUUACCUUGGGAACGACGUCCCGCAAAAGACGUGCGGCAAUGCCACCAAUUCUUCUUCUUCUUCUUCCCCUUCUUCGCCGUCGGGGCCGGCAAAGGCAGAAGAACCAGACCUCUGGAACCCAUAUGGCCCUACGGACCCGCAGACGCACAUGUUCAUUCAGUACGGCGACGGGGAGAUCGUCACGGGUCCGAUGGGCUUUGCGGAUAUCACAGUCGGGAACAUCACUGUGAGGAAACAGCAGGUGGCGUUGGCGGAAAGGACGUUUUGGUUUGGGAAUAAUUUGACGAGUGGGUUGAUGGGGUUGGCGUUUCCGAGUUUGACGAAUGCGUAUUUAGGGGGGAUGCCCACCGGGUCUGGGUCUGGGUCUGGGUCUGGGAGUGGUGAGGGGGGAGAGGGAGGAGAGGGGGGAGAAGGAGGUGAUGGAAGUGGAAGUGGACUAGGCGGUGGUGAUGGGCAUGAAUCCUACAACCAGCUUUACUACCCGCCGUUGUUCACGAGUAUGGUCAACCAGGGGUCGGUACCGCCGCUGUUUAGUAUCACGAUUGAUCGGAAUGCUAGCUCGGGGUUGUUGGCUUGGGGUGGGUUGCCGCCUGCUACGGGGCUGGAGAAGGGGAAGGAUGUGGAGUUGGAUAUGAUUAUUACAAACCUAAUCGACGUCCCCGAGACCGCCUACGACUACUCCUUCUACACCGUCAUUCCGGACGGGUGGCAAUUCGGCCCCAACACCAACACGAGAAAAUUCCCUUAUAUCACGUUUUACUUGAAUCCUGUCGACUUGAUCAAUCAGGACAUGGUCGAUCCGUUGACGGGGCUGUGCAUGACGGCCAUUGCGGACGGGGGCGCGGGGCCGUAUAUUCUGGGGGAUGUGUUUAUGCAGAAUGCCUUGACGGUUUUCGAUGUGGGGAGGGGGAAGAUGAGGUUUUUGGGGAGGGAGUUUUAUUGA